GUGUGUGCGUGUCAGCGUGUGGACUAUGUACUUGCCAAAGGGUGGUUACCAAGUACCGCCCACUCGGGAGCCUUCAGUACGGAAGAUCUUUUUGUGCCCAUGGUCUACUAAGGGAGAAUGUCAGCACGGAGGAAAUAAAAUGUGGAUUCUUCACCAAGGCGGGUGGAUUGUUGAAGAAAACAUGCCUUGCGAAGGAGUCACAGCGCGUGUGAGCCAGACGACAUGCUUCCUCAUGCCAGCUGGGCCUGAAACCUGAAACACUUGAAGAAGUGAAACCAAACUUACUGCUUUCAUAUCCGUUUUUAUUUGGACUUCUUCAGUUGGCGUCGAAGAGGGAACACGACUCAGGUCCUCCGAGUGAUUGGACCGAAAAUCAUGAGUUCUGCAGAUGGGAGAAACCUGCCCAAGGUGCUGCUCCUCUGCUACUUCCUUAUAUCCGGCCAUGGUCAGGCCUUCGAGAAUAAGACCUCCUGCUACAUCCGGGGCACCGAGGCCGACUGCAGCCGCCUCAGCCUCAACGCCAUCCCCCCAAACCUCCCGGGGAACAUCACCAGUUUAGACAUGUCCCACAACAGACUGGGUCAGCUCCCGCCCUCGUCCCUGGCGCCCUACGCCGGACUCCUCCAUCUGGAUCUGAGCCACAACAGCCUCAGCGGGCUGGACGGUGGGCUUUGCCGGACUCUGCCCCUGCUGCAGACCCUCUACGUGGACCACAACCAAGUGCACGUUAUUCUAGAAGAGGAUCUGAGCGCCUGCAGCAAUCUGACCGGGUUUCACUUGUCAGGCAACAGACUGAAACUAAAAGGGGAAGCCUUCUCUGGACUACAGAGUCUGAAGGUCCUUGACGUCUCAAAGAACAACCUAAACUCGGCUCGGCUCGGGUCCAAGACUCAGAUGCCCGACCUGGAGGAGCUCAGUCUGGGAUUCAACUUGUUCACGACUUUGGCUAAGAAUGACUUUGCCCUCUUCAGUCGUUCCAAGUCUUUGCACCUCCUUAACUUGGCCUCCACCGCCAUAAAGACAGUGGAACCUGGUUCUUUCAAGCCACUGUCACAGCUGCAAACCUUAAUCAUGGACGGCAGCAACAUGGGCACAACUGUCAUUUCCAAACUGUGCUGGGAGUUGUCCCAGGUCUCCAUCAAGGCUUUGUCCUUGCAGAAGAUGAAACUGAUCACUCUCAACAACGCAACAUUCAAAGGCUUGCAGCAAACAAAUCUAACCUUUCUGGAUCUUUCCGGCAACGGGAUGGGUAAGAUUGAAGACGGCUCGUUUCAGUGGACGGGCAAACUGGAAACUCUGAUCCUGUCGGACAACAACCUCAAGCAUUUGACCAAGUCAACAUUUCGGGGACUUAAAAGUUUGAAAAAACUAUUCUUGAUGAAAGCUCUGGUAAAAGGUCACACCUCGGCAACGCCCAUCAUCGACGACUUCUCCUUCCAGCCACUCAGCGCUCUGGAGAGUUUGUGUUUACAGCGGACUUCCAUACGGGAAAUCACUCCGAACACUUUCACGGGCUUGACAAGUCUGAAAGAGCUCGAUAUGAGCUGGAGCAAUUAUGUGUCGCUGAAAACCAUCAGCAACCAAACACUUGCCUCACUUAACGGGUCUCCUCUCUUGAAGCUCAACUUGACAGCAGUGGCUAUCGCCCAGAUUCAACAUGGAGCCUUUUCCCAUUUGAAGAACCUCACAAGUCUUGCUCUGGAUUUUAAUUUCAUCAAGCAAACUUUGACUGGCAAGGAAUUCGAAGGUCUAGACCGACUCAGGGAGCUAAACAUGUCCUUUAACCACCAGACGGUCAACCUCACGUCCAAGUCGUUUGUUAGUGUCCCAGGUCUUGAAGUCUUGACGCUAGGAAAAAGCCUUGUGGUCACAGCUCUUAACCUGGAUCCCUCCCCAUUCAAACCCCUGUCUGAGCUCACCUACCUGGACCUGAGCAACAACAACAUCGCCAACGUCCGAGCCAAUCUGUUGGAGGGACUUGUGAACCUAAAAGUUCUUAAGUUGGAACACAACAACCUGGCCCGGUUGUGGAAAGACGCAAACCUUGGCGGGCCUGUACUUUUUUUGAAAGGCUUAGAAAACUUGGUAAGUCUUUGGAUGAAUAGUAACGGUUUUGACGAGAUUCCCACAGAUGCACUGAGCGGCCUCAAUAACCUCCAGGAACUGAGACUCAGCAACAAUCUGCUCAACAACCCGAAAUAUUCGGUAUUUGACAGCCUGAACUCCCUAAAGGUUUUACACCUCCAGAAGAACUUGAUCACAGCUGUAAGACCCGAAGUGUUCCGAACACCCUUGAGCAAUCUCAGUUUGCUCGUCAUGGACAGAAACCCCUUUGACUGCACCUGCGAGAGCAUCCUGUGGUUUGUGACAUGGUUGAACAACACAAAUACGACCAGAGUGCCAGGUCUCAGUGAUCAGUAUUUGUGCAACACACCCCUGGUUUACUUUAACCACUCAGUCAUGGAAUUUAACACCCUCUUUUGCAGGGACAUGACACCUUUCCAGGCACUUUACAUACUAAGCAGCACCCUCGUCCUCGUACUGACUGUAACCGCCCUGCUGGUGCACUUCCACGGCUGGAGGGUUCAAUUUUACUGGAACAUUUUGAUAAACCGGACACUGGGAUUUAGUGACGCCAAAGUGGAAGAGGGCCGACAAUUUGAAUAUGACUGCUACGUCAUCCACGCUGAGGAGGACAGCACCUGGGUGGACAGCGCCUUGAUGCCUUUGGAAAAUGACGGAUGCAGAUUUUACCUGGAGGAUCGGGAUUCGGUGCCAGGCACGUCGCAGCUGGAGUCCAUCGUGGAAAAUAUGAGAAACUCACGGAAAAUCCUGUUUGUCGUGACGGAGAGUCUUCUCAGAGACCCGUGGUGCCGCCGCUUUAAGGCCCACCACGCUUUGCAUCAGGUCAUCGAAGCCAGCAGAGACUCUGUGAUCCUGGUCUUCCUGCAGAACGUGCACGACUACAAGUUGUCCCAGUCGCUCUUCCUCCGUAGAGGAAUGUUGCGUCCACGCUGCAUACUCCACUGGCCCGUCCAAAGGGAGCGAGUUUUGGCCUUUCGCCAGAAGCUGCUGAUUGCCCUCAGUUUAACCAAUCGAUUUCGCAGCUGACCAUACGGAGCGAUAGUUGAACUUGUAAGGAAUACCAAACACUUAAACUUGACGAAUUAUCCAUCCAUCCAUUUCCUACCGCUUAUUCCCUUUUGGGGUCGCGGGGGGCGCUGGUGCCUAUCUCAGCUACAAUCGGGCGGAAGGCGGGGUACACCCUGGAUUCAUGAUAGCCUGACUGAUGCAUUCAUUGAUUAAUCAAUACUGGUAGUGUUGUCUCGGCCUCAUCUGGGCAUUCUGCUGAUUGCGCCUCCAAGAGCGCACCUGCGCGGGUCAGUCCUGCUGCAGUCAAUCACCGGCAAUCAGCACACCUGAAGUUGAUCCGAGCUCCUGCCUUCUAAAGCCUGCACAACCUGCUAUCCCGGACCGUAAAGCGCUAAUCGUGCUAGUCCCACGUCUUCCUUGUCGUCCUUCCAGCAGUCUGCCUUCGUUCCUCGUGACGAGCUGUAGGUCUCGUCUUUUCCCCCGCGUUCCUUCAGGGUCACUGACUGCCUCGUGGAUCUCGACCUCCCGCUUGGACACGGACCUCCGACGCCCCGCUAUCCCCCCCGACUUCCUGCUUUUGGACUUGACUCUCGCUCAACACUCUGAUAACACCCAUCCAUUUUCUACCGCUUAUUCCAUUUUGGGGUUGCGGGGGCUCGCUGGUGACUAUCUCAGCUGCAUUCGGGCGGAAGGUGGUGUACACCCUGGACAAGUCGCCAUCUCAUCGCAGAGCCAACACAGAUAGACAACAUUCAAACUCACAUUCAAACACUAGGGCCAAUUUAGUGUUGCCAAUCAACCUAUCCCCAGGUGCAUGUUUUUGGAAGUGGGAGGAAGCCGGAGUACCCGGAGGGAACCCAUGCAUUCACGGGGAGAACAUGCAAACUCCACACAAAGAUCCCGAGCCUGGAUUUGAACCCAGGACUGCAGGACCUUCGUAUUGUGAGGCAGACGCACUAACCCCUCUGCCACCGUGAAGCCUUGACAAAUUAUCUAAUUUGCAAAUUUUCUCACCUCAAAAAAACCCCACAUUCUGAUCAACAAAUAAACACGGUAGAGAUCGGAUAUUCAAGUGAGGUCUUCAGCGUUGCGACAAGACAUCAAACUUGACUAAGUAGAGGAUGUGAAAGUCGUAACAAAGUUUUUGUAUGGCAACCUGUGGAAAGAUCAUUCAUGACCUUUACCGGCAGACCGCCUCGAUUCCAGGCCGAGGCGGCACGUCCAAUUUCCGGUGAGUCCCCCAUGGAGAAAUAUCCUCCAAACACUUUUAGUAAACGAUUCUUCUGUGCGUACAAAUAAAUUUUAGGAGAAAGAUGUGGGAGUUUUAGACAUGUCAUCAUCAUCACCGGCGGUCACUCGAAGCGAGUAUCACGAUCCUCCGGGUAGGGGGGUAUCCCUUUAUGGAGGAUGCCUGUGCGUGAUUUUAACGUGGGGAGACUGGUGUACAGACAGUCACCACACGAUCCUUGACAGAUCCGGGUCAGGGUCCAGUGGCAUGGAGUCCAAGACGACUGAGGACCCUUUUCUGCUGCAGCCUUCAACCGACAUCACAUCCGUUGUGGUAGUUCUUACGUGUACCCUCUUCCGCCUGCUCCGCCGUUGAGGACUUCACCGUAUCCCUGGCUAGGGGGCAGUCAGGUACUAGGCCUUUGCCAAUGGCCACCUGGGGUAAUCAAUCAAUGUUUAUUUAUAAAGCCCUAAAUCACAUUCGAGACCGGACGCAAUGGACAUGGAGUGGGUCUAGCAUAAUAUUGUGAGAGUCCAGUCCAUAGUGGAUCCAACAUAACAGUAGUAAAGGGGUUAACCUCCUAGUGCCCCAAGACCCCAUAGAGCAGGGGUGUCAAACUCAAAUACAGAGUGGGCCAAAAUUUAAAAACUGAACAAAGCCGCGGGCCAAGAUUGAACAAAUUAACCUUUUAAUAGGGACCCAAACAAGUUUUGCAAUGAAUAUUGAACAAGCAAGGCUUAAAUAGGGCAGCACGGUGGUACAGGGGUUAGUGCAUCUGCCUCACAAUACGAAGGUCCUGAAUAAUCCUGGUUCAAUCCCGGGCUUGGGAUCUUUCUGUGUGGAGUUUGCAUGUUCUCUCCGUGACUGCGGGGGUUCCCUCCGGGUACUCGGGCUUCCUCCCAUGGAACAGGCAGAGCUUAUAUAACGUAAUAGUGCAAAAUCAACUUUCAAAAAACAAACGAAAAAACAUCAGUGGUAUAUUAAAUAACAUUUUAUUUAAAAAAUGAAUGCCUCUUUUCUAUUUGCAGCCUUCUGAGGUAAAUAUCAACAUUAACUUUUUCCACAUAUUAUAUCCGAAAAUAAAAUAAAAAUGAGGUGGGCGGGGUUUGGUGGUAGCAGGGGGUGUAUACUGUAGCGUUCCGGAAGAGUUAGUGCUGCAAGGGAUUCUGGGUAUUUCUUUUGUUGUGUUUAUGUUGUGUUACGGUGCGGGUGUUCUCCCGAAAUGUGUUUUGUCAUUCUUGUUUGGUGUGGGUUCACAGUGUGGCGCAUAUUUGUAACAAUGUUAAAGUUCUUUAUACGGCCACCCUCAGUGUGACCUGUAUGGCUGUUGACCAAGUAUGUGUGUGUGAAAGCCGCAUAUAUUAUGGAGGAAAAGAGGACGUGACGACAUGUUGUAGAGGACGCUAAAGGCACGCUCCCCAUAUUGUUGUCCGGGUGGAAAUCGGGAGAAUGGUUGUCCAGGGAGAUUUUCGGGAAGGGCACUAAACUUCGGGAGUCUCCCGGGAAAAUUGUGAGGGUUGCCAAGUAUGAGUAUUAGGGGUGAAUGUGGUGUUACCGGCGGGCCAGCUCUAAUGUUAAUUUGAUAUUGCCUCAAGGGCCAAAUGAAAUUAAACGGCGGGCCAGAGUUUGACACCCAUGCCAUAGAGGUACCUCCACUGCCUGAUGCACUUUAACGUCGUGCCCAGGACAUCUAUAUGUCUAUUUAGACAUGUAACACAGUGGCAGAGCUACAGAAUAGAGGGGCUGGGAGGGCGGCCCUAUCCCACGGCUUGAACCCGCAGAAGCUCAAACCAUUCAAACAGUUUUAUCUGAACACCACCAUUAAAACAGCUGAACGUAUAGGUUGCCCCAGUCAGGAUGAGUCAUGGUUGCUAAAACUUUACAGAACUGAUUUUAUUGAUAAAGUAGGUGUAAAAAAUGGAAUACCAUCCAUCCAUUUUCUACCGCUUAUUCCCUUUUGGGGUCGCGGGGGGCGCUGGCGCCUAUCUCAGCUACAAUCGGGCGGAAGGCGGGGUACACCCUGGACAAGUCGCCACCUCAUCGCAGGGCCAACACAGAUAGACAGACAACAUUCACACUCACAUUCACACACUAGGGCCAAAUUAGUGUUGCCAAUCAACCUAUCCCCAGGUGCAUGUCUUUGGAAGUGGGAGGAAGCCGGAGUACCCGGAGGGAACCCACGAAUUCACGGGGAGAACAUGCAAACUCCACACAAAAAGAUCUCGAGCCUGGAUUUGAACCCAGGACUGCAGGACCUUCGUAUUGUGAGGCAGACGCACUAACCCCUCUUCCACCGUGAAGCCCAAAAUGGAAUACAAUUCUGUAUUUUAUUUGGCAUUUUUCCUACCAAAUUGACAGGAUUGGUAGUUGAUAUAAACGUGGAGCGACAAAGAAAAGGAAAAAAGGAGCGGUUGUGUACUCGCUCUCGGCUGCAUCGAGUUUUUCUUACUGAUCCAACCUGGUCGCUGAGCAUGCUGACUACCAACCACCAUGCCACCAAUACUGGGGUAUCGAUACCGGUAUUCAACAGUUCCAAUUUUCGGUACUUUUGGAUGUGUUGGUAAAUAUUGUUUUUAAAAAAUAAAAUCUCAGUUUUUUUGCAUCAUUUAAAGGCCUACUGAAACCCACUACUACCGACCACGCAGUCUGAUAGUUUAUACAUCAAUGAUGAAAUAUUAACGUUGCAACACAUGCCAAUACGGCCUUUUUAGUUUACUAAAUUGCAAUUUUAAAUUUCCCGCGGAGUUUCUUGUUGAAAAAGUCACGGAAUGAUGACGUGUGUUUUUGACGUUAUUGGUUGGAGGGGACAUAUUAGCUCAGCACCAAUUACGGCUAAAAGUCAUCUCUUUUCAUCGCAUAAUUACACACUAUUCUGGACUUCUGUGUUGCUGAAUCUUUUGCAAUUUGUUCAAUUAAUAAUGGAGACUAUAAAGUACAAUGUUGUUGGUGGAAAGCGGUGGAUUGCAGCUGCCUUUAGCACCGAGACACAGCCGGUGUUUCUUUGUUGUGACGUUUUAACACAGAGCGGUCAAGCGAACAUGUUUCUCUACGUCAACCAGCAUGUUUUUGGAUGGGAAAAUUGUGAUAAUAAGUCGGCUCUUACCGGAGACAUCAGUGGAUUAUGCGUCCUCCUGCAGUAACUGUCAAAAAAGGCAGCUGUGAGCUUGGCUCCUCGGCUUCUCUCUAAGACACUGGCGUGUUUACCGCAGCCAUCCGACUUUGAGGUAUGUCUUUACAAUCUCACUAAAACACUAUUAAAACAAUAAGCAGAUAAGGGAUCUUCCGGAAUUAUCCUAAUUACAUCUGAAACGCUCACACUGCCGCCUCCCGGAACUGUCGCUUUUUAUUUUAUUUAAAACAUUUUUUUCUUUCUAGUCCUUCACUAUCAACAUUAAAAGUGUUACUAAAACGGCCUUCUUUCAUCUCCGUAAUAUCGCUAAAAUUCGCUCCAUUCUGUCCACUAAAGACGCUGAAAUCAUUAUCCAUGCGUUUGUUACGUCUCGCCUCGACUACUGUAACGUAUUAUUUUCGGGUCUCCCCAUGUCUAGCAUUAAAAGAUUACAGUUGGUACAAAAUGCGGCUGCUAGACUUUUGACAAGAACAAGAAAGUUUGAUCACAUUACGCCUGUACUGGCUCACCUGCAUUAGCUUCCUGUGCACUUAAGAUGUGACUUUAAGGUUUUACUACUUACGUAUAGAAUACUACACGGUCUAGCUCCAGCCUAUCUUGCCGAUUGUAUUGUACCAUAUGUCCCGGCAAGAAAUCUGCGUUCAAAGGACUCCGGCUUAUUAGUGAUUCCCAAAGCCCAAAAAAAGUCUGCGGGCUAUAGAGCUUUUUCAUUUCGGGCUCCAGUACUCUGGAAUGCCCUCCCGGUAACAGUUCGAGAUGCCACCUCAGUAGAAGCAUUUAAGUCUCACCUUAAAACUCAUUUGUAUACUCUAGCCUUUAAAUAGACUCCCUUUUUAGACCAGUUGAUCUGCCGUUUCUUUUCUUUUUCUUCUAUGUCCCACUCUCCCUUGUGGAGGGGGUCCGGUCCGAUCCGGUGGCCAUGUACUGCUCGCCUGUGUAUCGGCUGGGGACAUCUCUGCGCUGCUGAUCCGCCUCCGCUUGGGAUGGUUUCCUGCUGGCUCCGCUGUGAACGGGACUCUCGCUGCUGUGUUGGAUCCGCUUUGGACUGGACUCUCGCGACUGUGUUGGAUCCAUUAUGGAUUUAACUUUCACAGUAUCAUGUUCGACAUCCGCUCGACAUCCAUUGCUUUUCUCCUCGCCAAGGUUCUCAUAGUCAUCAUUGUCACCGACGUCCCACUGGGUGUGAGUUUUCCUUGCCCUUAUGUGGGUCUACCGAGGAUGUCGUAGUGGUUUGUGCAGCCCUUUGAGACACUUGUGAUUUAGGGCUAUAUAAGUAAACAUUGAUUGAUUGAUUGAUUGAUUGAUCCACGAAUCGUUCAUCUUCGCUCAAAUUAAUGGGGAAAUUGUCACUUUCUCGGUCCGAAUUGCUCUUACUGCUGGUGGCUCACAUUAUAAACAAUGUGAGGAUGUGAGGAGCCCUCACACCAUCGUCAUUACGUACGUACUAAGUACGUACUUUGUACGUACUAGAACGUACUAUGUACGUACUAGAUCAUACUACCUUUUGGUCAUUCCCGGGGGCCCCGGGGCUCGUGCAGCUCGCGGCGGGACUUGUGGAACUCCAUUCUGGGUAGGAUUUUUAACCUUUUUUGGACUUUUUCAGACUUUCCUCAAUUACUCUCCCACUUUCGCUGGUUCACUCCUGGGUGCCUUUUGGUCAUUCCCGGGCACAUACUUCCGGUAAAGGCAAAGCUUUUUUAUUAGCGACCAAAAGUUGGGAACUUUAUCGUGGAUGUUCUCUACUAAAUCCUUUCAGCAAAAAUAUGGCAAUAUCGCGAAAUGAUCAAGUAUGACACAUAGAAUGAACCUGCAAUACACGUUUAAAUAAGAAAAUCUCUUUAAAAAUUAGCUGAUUCUGAUAACUGCUUUGUUUCAUUAUCACAUUACUGAGUCUCAAUUACAAGUAUGACAGUAUGUUGCAAUUACAGUUGCAAGUCCAAGACGUUAGAUAGCAGUAGUGGAUACCUUAUGGUGUGUUGGCAAGUCAGUUCAGUCUGUGCUGAAUCUAGUCUUUUGUUGCGCCCUAAAAGUGUUAAUACCGUAAGUAUUGUACUUAUCGAGGGCUGCCAGCCGUGUGAGCGGUCUAAAGGGACAGGCGUCAAUCUGAGUGGAAGUAUUCCGCCAAGUACAAGUGUUUGACUUGUCUCCAUCUAAUAGUAUUAAAUUAUUUCAGGACACUGAAAAGUGCAAGGGGCAAAAACAGCUUUUUAGAAAAAGCGCAGAGUGCGUGUGUCUUCUUCGCCCUCCCCAACACUCCAUACUCCCAAGAGGAAAAUAUUGAGUUUUGUAUUGGAUCUUAAACUGUAAAAGGCUUUUUUGUAGCUCUCCAAAAAAACAUUUUUAAUGUUUUUGUAAUGCAUACUUUGUAAUAAAACUGACAAGGUGCACUUCAGUGUUCUAAUUAAAUGUUUACUAGUGGUAUUAA